AUGGACGUGAAUGGGCCAUCCGCAGGUGCGGUCAUUGGAACCGAAUUCACAUUGAUAGGAAUCGCGGCUAUUCUGAUCGGCGCCCGAAUAUACCUGCGAUUAGUCAUUCAGAACCUUCCCCUUAUCACGAGCGACAUUCUUGUUUGUGUUGCCUGGCUCUUUACUGUAGCAUCCGCUUCAUACGAUGUUGUGUUCCAUAAGUUGGGGGUAUUGCGUUCCCACGUUGCCUAUACCCUAGAGGGGUAUGAUGGGACACCCGAGGACCUAGAACUUGUGUGGAAGUUGCAAUGGAGUGGCCAGUUUCCAUUCUUCACAGCCUUCUAUCUCUGCAAGGCAACACUCCUGAGUCUAUAUGCUCGAUUUUUCCCGAUCUUCAUGGAAACUAGGCGCAAGAUUCUCUGGGGAACCAUGGUGUAUUGUGGCUGUGCGUAUAGUACCAACAUGCUCACCCUACUUCUCAUUUGUAGGCCUCUGCGAGGAAACUGGUCCCAAGAUCCGGCAGUCGCAUGUUCCCCAAUAGUGUUCGCUCAAGUAUUCCAAAUCGCUUGGGCAUUGAACUUUGCCGCAGAUCUGAUGAUUUUCUGUCUGCCAUUCUUAGUAUUGUACCGACUGCAACUUCAGAAAAGUGUCAAAAUCAGUGUUUACUGCACAUUCUUUCUGGGAGCCAUCAACUUAGCAGUCAGCCUGGCACGGUUUCUAGGUAUUCAGGUGUCUGUAACAUCUUUUCGCUCCUUCACACUCAUUGAGUUAUGGAGUGCUAUUGACUUGCAAGUCGGUUUGAUCAUUGCUUGUUUACCGCCCCUGCGGCCGUACUUGUCUUAUGAUUGGAAAAUUUGGCCUUUCCGAUCAGCAACUCAAAUCCCUAAAAGUUCUUGCAAUCGCACUGAUCUUUCCGAGCUUUCUCGACAGAACGAUCAGCUAACAUCACAAAUGCGAGAUAUCGACGAUGCAGGCUUGAUAAAUGAUAUCAACGACAAUUUAGGACAAAUCGGUACCAGACCGGAUCACGAUGUCGAGUCGCCAGCUUUAGGAAGUCCAAAAUCGCCAGCGUCAAUGCUCCGGAGCAACCAUCGACCAAUACAAAACAUAAGUCAAUGA